UUAGUGAGGUGCUGUAGAUUGUUGCUACUGUAGUUUGGAGUCGCCAAGACUCAGAACUGUUAAUACCCUCGUACACACACCGGACUGAAACAUUUUUUUGGGGUUAACAUUUCCAUUCCAACACUUUAUGUAAACUUGUGUAUUUACUGUCUCCUAUUUGUUUUUGAGACAAAAACAAGAUGGAACUUAAUUCGCUUCUAAUUCUGCUGGAGGCUGCAGAGUACUUGGAAAGAAGAGACAGAGAGGCAGAACACGGAUAUGCCUCGGUUUUACCGUACAGUAGCGACUACUCCGGGAAGAAGACGAAAAGCUCAACAAUAAGCAGAAAAAGUCCGAACAAUAGAUCGUCACACAAUGAGCUGGAGAAACACAGGCGUGCCAAACUACGGCUGUACUUGGAGCAGCUGAAGAAGUUGGUGCCUUUGGGUCCAGACAGCACCAGACACACCACACUGAGCUUGCUGAAAAGGGCCAAGAUGCACAUCAAGAAGCUGGAAGAGCAGGACAGGAAGGCUUUAAACAUGAAGGAGCAGCUGCAGAGAGAGCAUCGCUACCUCAAACGCCGCCUCGAGCAACUCUCUGUCUCUGGUUCUGUGGAGCGCAUUCGCACUGACAGCAUGGGCUCCACCAUCUCCACCGACUCUGAGCAAGAGGUGGACAUUGAGGGUAUGGAGUUCACCCCUGUCGAGGUCGACAGCGUGGGGAGCCUCAGUGACCCCGAGGAAGAGGAGGAGGAGGACCACUACAGCCUCCAGAGCAGCUCCAGCGACACCAGCUACACGGCGCCACAUUCCCACAGACUGCAGCCGCACCACUGUUAGACUCCCGUGACCAGACGGUACAGCUUCUUCGACCCGCCCUCACCUCCAGACCACCACUACGACCCACAUCAGAGCAGUCCACAAAGGCGGUACCCGAUGAACGCCACGCAGCUCUCCCUCCCUGACCCUACCUACUUCACCCUCAUGUGUCAUGUCCCAAACAACCAAAAGUCCAAAUAAUUUACCAACCAAGCAGCCAGCCAAUCAAUUAGUCCAAACAGCCAACCAACUGACCAAGCAACCAAUCAAAAAAAAAAAACAAAAACAAAAAUCAACAAGCAGUCAACCAAACACCCACCCAACCAACCGGCCCUUUAGCCCGCGUCGCUGCAGGCUCACAGCAGUGGGGGACUUCUGUGGUGAGAUGGAUAGCUUUAACUUGUUCGUCAGGAUUUGGGAGUCAGUGUGUAUGUGCGUGUAUGUGUGUGUGCGCGCGUCAGACAAUAACGCAACAAAAAAGCUCCGUGUCAUUUCCACAUGGCAAUAACACGCAGACAAAGGCCUUCAAGUAUGCAAACCGCCUCCGCAGGUGAUUCCGCAGUCUGUACACAACUAGGACCUCAUUAGCCUGCCACGCCACACAGUACAAGCAAUAGUCAAGACACUUGUGGGCGAGGAAAAGAUCAAUAUUUUUCCCACGCCAGAAUCAGGAAACAUUUUUGUCUUAGCACCGGAUUGGGGAAGGAGAACCAGUUGGCCUGGUUCUAACAAUGAAACAACGGAAAAUGCGGUGCACCGGCACCGUAGGUUUCCAUGAAAUAUCGUUUCUUUUGUAUACUGCCUAUUCAUCGUAGAAGCUAAAGCUGUGUUCAAAAUAAUAGCAGCGUGUUAAAAAAAAAAA